UGAUCGCAUCGCCUCUCAUCCGACUCGAACGACCUUGAUGACGAACAAAUUUUAAGUUAGUUCAUUCGUACGUUGGCCUCCUGUGGAGGACCCCCUCGUGACGUCAGGAGCGUUAACUCACGUGUUCUGGAGGGGCGGCUCGCAGCUGUCAUUGGGCUGCCAUUAUCACAUCUGCACUCAACAGCUCGCUCGUCAGUCGACUGCAGCUGCUGCUUCGCAGUUACCGGCCGUGUGCGUCGACGCGGCACGGACUGCAGACACCGCAGAGCAAGAUGGCGAGCGCCGCCCUGCAGCCCGGCCUGCAGAUACGACCCGUGUUGACCCACGAGGACGUCGUCGAGAUGGUGCACCGCCUCUACGGCCUGCGAGACGUCCAGAUAACGGACCUGAACGCGUACGACGACAGGAACUAUCAUAUCCGGGUGAAGGAGUAUCAGGCUUCCUUGUGGCCGCAUGGAUAUGUCUUCAAGGUCGUGAACACGUUGGAUUCGCAGAAACCGUCACACAUUGAGGUUCAGACGGAACUCCUAAUGUAUUUAGAUUCACACGGAUUCACGUGCCCUCAGCCCGUUAAGAACGUGGACGGGAAGUAUUUGUCCGUGGAGGAGCUGCCGAAGAGAGGGCCCGCGCCCCGCCGCAGUCACGUGGUGCGCCUGCUGACCUUCCGGCCGGGGCGGAUCCUCGCCGACGUGCCCGUGUCCCCCGGGCUCAUGUUCCAGCUGGGCGGCUUCGUGGCGCGGCUCGACCGCUGCCUCCAGGGAUUUCACCACCCGGUGCUGGAACGCCACGAGACUCUCUGGCGCCUCAACUCGGCGCCUCAGGCGAGACAGUUCGCGUUCGCGGUCGAAGACGAGAAGAACAGGCAGCUGGUGGAGCAAGUGCUGGACGAGUUCGAGAGGAACGUCUUGCCGAACUACGGAGCGAUGGAGAAAGGGACGGUGCACGGGGACCUGAACGAGCAGAACCUGGUGUGCACCGAGGAGGAGGGCGUGAGCGUCGUGCUGGACCUGGGAGACUGCCACGUCAGCAGCUACCUGUUCGAGCUGGCCGUGUGCCUGUGCUACAUCAUGCUGCUCCGGGCCCCGCCGCCGCUGGGCCCCGUCGACGUGGCGGGCCACGUGCUCGCGGGCUACUGCGCCGUCAGGCCGCUGCCCGACGCCGAGAUGCGCAUGCUCAAGACGUGCGUGUGCGCGCGUCUCUGCCAGAGCCUGGUGCUGGGCGCCUACUCGUUCCUGCAGGCGCCCGACAACGCCUACCUGCUGACCACGGCGAGGCGGGGCUGGGGGCUGCUGCGCGACCUGUGGGGCGCGCCCCCGGGCGAACUGGAGGCCCGCUGGAAGGACAUCCUCGCCUCCUGCCGGGGAGGCGCUGUCUGACCCGCGCGCUCUCCGACCUCAGGCCCUUGCGGUCAGUGGCGGGUGCAGGAAUUAUUUUACGGGGGAAUUUCGAAAAAAAAAAAAAAAAAAAAACCAUGUAUUAAAAAAAACCUGAUCUGUUACAUCAUCAAUCGCAACAUGAGUAUUUCCUAGUUGCGUUAGCUAAUCCUAAAUAAAAAAAAAUACAGUCUUCACCGAAAUAUCUAAAUACUUUUUAUAACUUCGGGAAAGAUAUGGGGGCCAUAUCACCCCAAAUCCCUCCCCCCCCUUUUUUUUGCAUCCACCACUACUUGCUGUGUACUAAAACUUUUAUGACGUCUGUAUUUUUUGGCCUCUACAAAUUAUAGUACUGGCUAAACAACUCGACAGAGUGUUUUUUAAAUAAUAAAUUUAAUCCUAGAAGAUUUUUUUUAGCUGAACAUAAUAACCUAUAUUUUUAAUCUCAAUCAAAAAAAGCAAAAUAAUUUAUGGCAAUCUACUGAAUUUUCUAUCGUUGUUACGUAAAUUACGAAUUUUAUGUGUGUAUGUAUUUGGUGAAUCUUCCUUAUACAAAACCUGAUAGAAUAUACAGCAUGUUCGGAAGUACACAGAGUCGUUCAUUUGCUCACCUGCAUGCUUUACUUGCAGUCCGUACAGCCCCGGGACAAGUGCGUGGUAUGUUCUUCAGGUGGACUUAGACACGGCCUUAAGCGGGCCGUACAAGCACGAGUCUGGCUCGCGAGCCCGGCGCUGUCGCACAGGGCCGUCGGCGGAGCUCGCCUCGCUUCUGGCUCGUAAUUGGCUCGUGUGUGUGUGGCUCGGGUUUCACAACACGCCAGACACUGCAGUCUGUGUGAUUCCAUGAACAAGGUACCAUGCCGGCUGCCAUGUCGAAAUUUUUGUUAAAUAUUAAUGUCGAAAUACGGAUUAAAUUUAAAAAAACCAUAAUAUUUAACAGUUUUGUUUUAAAAAUAUAUAUUUUUUGAAGUUGUUAAUUUACCGAAUCUCAUGACACACAAUGAUGCGUGAAUUUUCCAGUAAGAUCAUGAAUAUUUACGUCCGGUGAAAAUCGCUACGUGAACAUUAGGCAGCUGCUACAAUCAGUUUAUGCAUUUAAAGAUUAAUAAAUGAAAUUUAAAAAAUUCAAACAAAUUCGAAAUACUGAAACUUACUAGCAAAAUUCGGAGUGUUUUCGUAUUGUGUGUGGUUAAAAAAUACCCGCGUCUGUCUCGGCGAACUUGACUGGUGGGCCAGACACGUACGUGCAUGGACCGCUUUUUAAACACGACACAAGGUCAGUCGGUGCAGGUGUAUAACAGUGCAAAUGUGCAAGUUUAUAUAGUGAGCAGUUGUUGACAGACUGACAGAAGUAUCGUCCAAAAGGUUUGCAAUGCACUUAACACACUGCGUGAAAUAAAAGGCUUAGGUACGAUAAUCCUUUUGUCAGUCUUCAGUGCCAGUAAGUAAUGAUUUGAAUUGCAAGAAGGCUCUGUAAGAGACCCUUUUGGGUAGUUUCCCAUCAAAACACACUGAAGAGUGCAAACAAUGUUAUUCAGUUUUCAUGUUAAAAUUAUUUUUAUGAUAGGUACUUUAAGUCAAUGCACUAUCCAUACCUACAUUUUUAUAGCAAUAAUAUGUGAUAAAACAUCUUUAUGACCUUAACCCUACGAUUUCUUGUAGAGUCAGGUCAGUAAAAAUCAAAGCCAAAACAGGUUAAUAAAAUGGAGAAAUAGCUUUCUUUGCCGUAAGUCGCGACUGUGCAAACCGACCGUUGUGUUAUAUAUUUUUUAUAACUUUGUUUUGCAAAAUUGUAGGGAAAUGAUUGAAUAAAAUUUCAAAACGUAAUAAAGAUCAAAUAAUGUUUAAACAUUUUUAAACCACAACGAAUGUCUCAUUAUUCAACAACAGAAAUAAAACGAAAUGGUCCGAAACAAAUUAAUUUCUCUGUUAGCAACAUCUUAGUGUGUGCGGCAUCUGAAGUUUUCUUACCUCCUCAGUUAUUGGUAUGCAAUCACAAAAUUGUAACAAGAAUGACCACCAAAUAUAAAUACUUAAACACACGGAGAUCAAGCUGAAUUUCGCUUGUUCUUCGUAUGUUUAUGUAUUCGUAUGUGUUGUCUAUUCUUGAAGUUUUUCUAUGACAUACAGUGUAAACCAUCAAUAGUAUAAUGUCCAUAAAAUUCUUUUAAAUAAAAUUUCUAGUGUACCCAUGAACCUAGAAGUUCAGUUCUCGAGUCAAAUAGAAUUCUAAAUAUCCUUUCUCAGAAAAAAAAAACACACACACAACAACGAAAAUGUUUUUUUAAAGAUAUUUCUUCUACGUAAGUAAUCUAACAUUCGUUAUGAAAUAGCGUAUUUAAAAUUUGGUUUCUUUGUAGUACUCUGUUUUAACAAGUCUGAACCAUAAACACAAAUAAAUAAUUAAAAAUCAUGUUUUUAAAUAAACAUUUUCAAUGAUUUAAAUAAUCGGGUUAUUGAAGAAUUGCAGCAGAGAGUAAUGAAGGAAUAUGUAUAUUUAUUUAUUUCACAAUAAACUUACCUAAGAAUGAAUAUAGAAAGAGAGGAGAAUUGAAAACGCAAUUUUACGUAUUGAUGAGGGACUAAAAAUACUGCUGAGGAUAAUGAGAAGACAAGUGGAGUGAUCCCUUUUCUUUUUAGUCGUCCAAAUCUCUUGAUUGUAGUGAUAAUGAAUGCCUUUUACGCAAUCAAAAUCUCCUUUAAUUAAAUCACAUCCUAUUUUUAUUUAAUUCAACCCCUUAAAUUACACCUAUUGUCACUCAAACGUCAUUUUGUGGAAGAGAAAUAAAAGCAAACAAUAAGA